ACUUGGGAACAACACCAAGCGCUCGAGGAGUCACACCAACGCUCUUUUGCGUUCCCACCACAUCCUGCCCACAACUGUUCUCAGGACCUUCUCCAGUUCGGCAGCAGUCAUGGCCGCGACGAAAAUCGACGGAACGGCGGUUGCCCGGGGAGUUCGCGAGCGUUUGCACGCCGAGAUCGCAGAGAAGAAGAGUGUCAACCCGCGGUUCCAGCCGUGCCUCAAGAUCAUCCAAGUCGGUGACCGGUCCGAUUCAUCGACCUAUGUGCGCAUGAAGUUGAAGGCCGCCGAAGAGUGCGGCAUUGCUUGCGAGCUGAUCAAGUUCGACGAGUCCGCCACCGAGGCCGAGCUCAUCUCCCGUGUUGUCGUCCUCAACAACGACCCGGCAGUGCACGGCAUCCUAGUGCAAUUGCCCCUCCCAAAACAUGUUUCCGAGUACAAUGUCACCUCGGCCGUGGCUGGCGAGAAGGAUGUCGAUGGCUUCGGCACCCACAACAUCGGCGAACUAGCCAAGCGUGGGGGCCGCCCCUUCUUCAUCCCUUGCACUCCCAAGGGCGUCAUGGUGCUUCUCCAGGAAGCGGGCGUUGAGUUGGCUGGCAAGAACGCCGUGGUUCUGGGCAGGAGCGAUAUCGUCGGCAGCCCCGUCAGUUAUCUCCUGAAGAAUGCCGACGCCACGGUUACAGUCUGCCAUUCCAAAACCAAGGAUCUGGACCAGUACCUCAAGAAUGCCGAUGUGCUCGUUGUUGCCAUUGGGCAGCCCGGCUUCGUCAGGGGCGAGCAGCUCAAGCCCGGGGUCGUCGUCAUUGACGUGGGGACCAACUACAUUCCCGAUGCCACCAAAAAGUCGGGCCAGCGUCUGGCGGGCGACGUCGACUUCGAGUCGGCCUCCCAGGUUGCUUCCCAUAUCACCCCGGUCCCCGGAGGCGUCGGCCCCAUGACCGUCGCCAUGCUUCUUCAGAACGUGGUCGAUGCUGCGACACGGUCGUUCGAAGUAGAGAAACAGAGGCACAUCGUGCCCCUGCACCUCAAGCUCCUUGACCCCGUCCCCUCCGACAUAGCCAUUUCCCGGGCGCAGGCGCCUAAGCCCGUCACCCAAAUUGCCAAGGAGAUCGGUAUCACGGGCUCGGAGUUAGAACCAUAUGGCGCAUACAAGGCCAAGGUCGAUCUAGAUCUGCUGAAGCGCCUCGACCACCGUCGGAAUGGCCGCUAUGUCGUUGUCACAGGAAUUACUCCUACACCUCUGGGCGAGGGUAAGUCGACGACAACAAUGGGUCUUGCCCAGGCGUUGGGCGCGCAUGUCGGCCGCGUCACAUUUGCCAACGUGCGGCAGCCCAGCCAGGGCCCGACGUUCGGGAUCAAGGGUGGCGCCGCUGGCGGUGGAUACAGUCAAGUCAUCCCCAUGGAUGAGUUCAAUCUGCACCUAACUGGCGACAUUCACGCCAUCACUGCUGCAAACAACUUGCUCGCCGCGGCCAUCGACACCCGCAUGUUCCACGAGAGCACCCAGAAGGACGCCGCUCUCUACAGGCGGCUGGUCCCUGCCAAGGGUGGCAAGCGAGCCUUUGCCCCUGUUAUGCUUCGCCGCCUGCAAAAGCUGGGUAUCGACAAAACGGACCCCGAUUCGCUGACCGCAGACGAGAUCACUCGCUUUGCUCGUCUAGACAUUGACCCCGAGACCAUCACUUGGCGCCGUGUCCUCGACGUCAACGACCGCCACCUGCGCGGCAUUGUGGUAGGAAACGCGCCGACUGAAAAGGGACACAGCCGCCAGACGGGUUUCGACAUCUCCGUGGCCAGCGAGUGCAUGGCCAUUCUGGCUUUGAGCACCAGCCUAGGCGACAUGCGGGAGCGUCUCGGCAGGAUGGUCGUUGCCAGUUCUAGGAGCGGUGAUCCUGUUACCUGCGAUGACAUCGGUGCUGGUGGCGCGCUCACGGCCCUGAUGAGGGACGCCAUCAAGCCGAACCUCAUGCAGAGCCUGGAGGGGACUCCCGUUUUCGUGCACGCGGGCCCCUUCGCCAACAUCAGCAUUGGUAACAGCUCCAUCCUAGCUGACAAGAUGGCCUUGAAGCUUACGGGCACGGAGCCCGAUGAGGACCACGCGGCCAAGGCUGGUUUUGUUGUCACCGAGGCUGGUUUCGACUUUACCAUGGGUGGCGAGCGCUUCUUCAACAUCAAGUGCCGUACUUCGGGUCUCAUCCCGGACGUGGUAAUCGUGGUUGCCACCGUCCGCGCCCUCAAGGUCCACGGCGGCGGUCCGCCCAUCUCGCCCGGUGCUCCGCUCGACGCCGUAUACCGAGAGGAGAACGUCGAAAUCCUGCGCAAGGGCUGCGUCAAUCUGGCGAAGCAUGUUUCCAACGCCAGGUCAUACGGUGUGCCGGUCUUGGUCGCCAUCAACAAGUUUUCUACAGACACGCAGGCUGAGAUUGACGUCGUCCGUGACGAGGCUAUCAAGGCUGGCGCAGUAGAUGCAGUCUUGGCUAAUCACUGGGCUGAGGGUGGGAAGGGCGCUGUUGAUCUUGCCAACGCCGUCGUCACUGCUGCCGAGAUGCCCAAGGAUUUCAAGCUUCUCUAUAGCCUUGAAGGCACCGUGCAGGAGCGCAUUGAGAAGAUCGCUCGGGACAUGUACGGCGCCGACACAGUCGAGUUCAGUGAGCUCGCGCAGAAGAAGGUUGAUACCUACACGCGCCAGGGCUUCGGCAAUUUGCCAAUUUGCAUCGCUAAGACGCAGUACUCAAUCAGCCACGACCCAGAGCUCAAGGGCGCCCCGGCUGGCUUCACGGUACCUAUCCGGGACGUGCGCAUGGCUGCCGGUGCCGGUUACCUCUACGCUCUGGCUGCCGACAUUCAGACCAUCCCCGGCCUGCCCACUGCCCCCGGCUACCUCAACGUCGACGUUGAUGUCGAAACGGGUGAGAUCGACGGCUUGUUCUAAAAGCAAGUAGCCAAAUACACUCCUACCUCAUUAAUAUUUUCAAUUAUCGGCGUUCUGCUUGGCCCGGGGCAGCUUCGGGCAUCAUUUUGUUCAACUCAGAAACGGGGUGCGUGUUUAACACAUGGCGCUUGGGAUACCACAUAGGGCAGGUAGAGAGGAAAAGUAACGGCUUUUAGACACAGAAUGAAAGUAGGACAUGCUUGGCCAUGUCGCACUCGCUGGUCACCACGUUUGAGCACCACGUUUGAGCACCGAUGGC